AUUAGCAUCAACUACAUGUUCUUUUUGCACUCACCUUAUGGGAGUACAAUGGGAAUUAAGGGGGAAAGAACAUUUAGAAAAAGAAAGAGCAUGUAUAAUAGUAUCAAAUCAUCAAAGUUCUUUAGACAUAAUGGGAAUGUACCAAAUAUGGCCAAUAAUGCAAAAGUGCACAGUUGUAGGAAAAAAACAGAUUUUUUAUGCAUGGCCAUUUGGUUUAGCUGCUUGGUUUUGUGGAUUGAUAUUUAUAGAUAAAAUGCAAUCAGAUAAAGCCCGUUCAAUUUUAAAUAAUGCCAUAAUCUAUCUUAAGAAAGAUAAGAUUAAAUUGUGGAUAUUUCCUGAAGGCACUAGGCGCAAUACUGGCAAAAUUCAUCCAUUUAAAAAAGGUGCCUUUCAUGUUGCAAUUAAUGCUCAAUUACCUAUAUUACCAGUUGUUUUUUCUUCUUAUUACUUUUUGUCUUCUAAAGAAAAAAGAUUCGAUGCCGGUCGAGUUAUUAUAACAACUUUACCACCAAUAUCUACAGAAGGACUAACAUCAGCUGAUAUUGAAAAUUUAAUAGAAAAGACAAGGAAUACAAUGACAGAAGUUUUUCAUGCCACCAGUCGUGAAGUACAAUCAAAUAUUUCUUCCUAGAGUAAAAUAAUUUUUUCAUGGUAAAUUGAUAAAAUUUUUAUUAUUUAUAUUUUGAUUAUAAUUAAGUCUCAGCUUGUAAACCAAAGACAUGUUUUCCUUAUUUUUAUCAAACACAAUUAUAUAUGUGCUGUAAUUAGAUAGGGUAAGUAAUAUUUAAUUACUAUUGAUAUCAAUUUUUAUUUUUCUUUAUUUUAAUUUCAUUUAUAAAACUAAGAUUUUAAUUCUGGUAAUAUAUUUGUAUUUCUUUUAUACAUUUAUAUUUACAAUAAUUUUAUAUUAAUAACUUUUUUCAACAAAUUUUUUAACUAUUUAUAAUCCUUAACUUAAUAAAUGUAAAUUAUAUUUAAACAAAAUUUUAUACAUGAAUGAAAAUAAAUAUUAAUUUUCUCUUACUAAGAAAAAAUAAUAAAGCAUAGAAAUGAAUAUGUUUUAAUAUAAAAAUAAUUUUAAUUUUAUACAUAGUUUAAC